CGCCACUCGAACCCAACCCACGCGACGCGACCUCGCCAUUUAGGGUUUCUUCCCCAUCCCCUCUCGUCUCAACCCACGCGACGUCGCCGCCGCCGCCGCCGCCCCUGCCGUCCCCGAACUCCAGAGCUUGAGCCAAGUCGAAGCAAAAGCAGCAGCAGCAACCAUGCAGGGAUCCCGUUUCUGGGGACAGGGGGACAGUGAAUCCGAGGAGGAGGAGGAAGAAGUCGAAUCAGAACAGGGCAGUGAUAGUGAAGAUGAUGUAGUUCACGGUGCUGGGGGGCGUGGAGUCCAAAACCGCUACUUGAAGACCCAAGAAGACGAUAGUGAUGAGUCUGAUUCAGGCCACCGCGUGAUUCGCUCUUUGAGGGACAAGCGCAAUGAGGAGAUGAGAUCUAUUGUUGAUCAGAUGCGUAAUGCUAUGAAGAUCAAUGACUGGGUUAGCCUGCAGGAGAGCUUUGAGAAGCUCAACAAACAUCUUGAGAAGGUUGUACGUGUCAAUGAAUCAACUGAGAUUCCAAAGAUGUAUAUCAAGGCACUUGUAUUACUGGAGGACUUCCUUGCUGAAGCCUUUGCAAACAAAGAUGCUAAGAGGAAGAUGAGCAGCAGCAAUUCGAAGGCACUCAAUGUGAUGAAACAAAAGCUUAAGAAGAACAACAAGCAGUACGAAGAGCAGAUUCAGAAGUGCAGGGAGCAUCCAGAGAGCUUUGAAGAUGAAGCUGCUGGCAAGGGUGAAGAUGAGGAUGAUGAAGAUGAGGACAGUGACGCAGAGAUUGAAGAUCCUGAGAAGAUUGUUACGUCGGAAUCAGAAGCGGAUGCAGAAGAUGAAGGUGACAAUGAUGGUUGGAUACAGAAUAAGUCCAAGAAAGAUAAGAUGCUGGACAAGCAGUUCUUGAAAGAUCCAAGUGAAAUCACGUGGGAUAUUGUUGAUAAGAAACUCAAGGAGAUUGUUGCAUCAAGGGGAAAGAAAGGUACUGGAAGGAUCGAGCGUGUUGAACAGCUAACAUUUUUGACCCGUGUGGCCAAAACACCUGCUCAGAAGCUUGAAAUCCUUUUCCAUGUGAUAUCUGCACAGUUUGAUGUGAACCCUAGCUUACUUGGGCACAUGCCGGUCAAUGUGUGGAAGAAGUGUGUUAACAACAUGCUUCUUGUGCUUGAUAUACUCCAGCAGUAUCCUAAUAUUGUAGUAGACACUUCCCUGGAGCCUGAUGAGAAAGAAACUCAGAAGGGUGCAGACUUCAAUGGAACAAUACAUGUUACCGGUGACCUGGUUGCAUUCCUGGAAAGACUGGACACUGAAUUUUUCAAGACCUUACAGUGCUCGGAUCCAUACACAAAAGAUUAUGUUCAGAGGCUUAGAGAGGAACCCCUAUUCUUGGUUGUUGCACAGAAUGUCCAAGAUUACUUGGAAAGGGUUGGAAACCUCAAAGCUGCUGCUAAGGUUGCACUGCGUCGUGUUGAGCUAGUGUACUACAAACCCCAAGAAGUAUAUGAUUCAAUGAGGAAAUUGGCAGAGCAGCCUGAGGACAGUGUGGAGGAGGGUGAUGCAGAGACUGGUGAUGAGCAUCAAGCGAUGGAUGCCAAUAGGGGACCACCGCCAUUUGUUGUGAUUCCGGAGGUUGUGCCCAGGAAGCCUACCUUUCCAGAGAGUGGUAGAGCUUUGAUGGAUGGAUUGAUGUCCUUAAUUUACAAGUAUGGAGAUGAAAGGACCAAAGCCCGUGCAAUGCUUUGUGAUAUAUAUCACCAUGCAAUCUCUGAUGAGUUUUCAGUGGCUCGUGACUUGCUUUUAAUGAGUCAUUUGCAAGAUGGUGUUCAGCUUAUGGACAUAUCAUCCCAAAUUUUAUUCAAUAGAGUAAUGGCACAGCUAGGGUUGUGUGCUUUCAGGGCUGGUUUGAUAAAUGAAGCUCAUGGCUGCUUGACUGAGCUCUACUCAACUGGAAGAGUUAAAGAACUGCUAGCACAAGGUGUGCAACAAAGCCGCUACCAUGAAAAAACUCCCGAACAGGAAAGACUUGAGAGGCGAAGGCAGAUGCCUUACCAUAUGCAUAUAAACCUGGAGCUUUUGGAAGCCACACACUUGAUCUGUGCGAUGCUAAUUGAAGUCCCCAAUAUGGCUGCCAGUACUUAUGACAAGCGGAGGCCUAUGAGCAAAACUUUCCGCAGGCUUCUUGAAGUGAGUGAAAGGCAGACUUUUGUUGGGCCUCCGGAAAAUGUGAGGGAUCAUGUAAUGGCUGCCACAAGAGCCCUCAACAAGGGUGACCACCAAAAGGCUUUUAGUGUCAUAAGUUCGCUGGAGAUCUGGAAGCUUUUGAGGAACAGGGAGCAUGUUCUUGAGAUGCUGAAGCUCAAGAUCAAGGAGGAAGCCCUUAGAACAUAUCUUUUCUCGUACUCCUCUUGCUACGAGUCCUUGAGCCUGAACCAGCUCACCACCAUGUUUGAUCUCAGUGAGCAGCAUGCUCACAGCAUUGUUAGCAAGAUGAUGAUGCAUGAAGAGCUUCAUGCUAGCUGGGACCAACCAACAAAGUGUAUUGUUUUCCACAGUGUGGAUCAAACUAGGCUUCAGGGGCUACUCUUCCAGAUGGCAGAUAAGCUCUCGGUCCUGGUGGAGAGCAAUGAGAGGGCAUACGAGGCAAGAACUGGUGGUACUCUUGAAGGGGUACCGCCCAGGCGCAGGGGCGACGGUCAGGACUCAUCCAAUUUGGGGAAGUGGCAGGACAACUUUGUGUCCUCACAAGGGAGGCAGGGUGGUGGCAACCGGUCUGGAUAUGCUGGUAGAGGUGGAGGUGGCCAGGGUGGUGGAUACCAGAGGGACAGGGGAAACCAGGGUUCCCGUGGGGGCUAUAGCGGCGGCUCACGGUUUCAGGAUGGAAGGGGUCGCAACCAGUCUGGUUCCUCAGCGAGAGGUGGUGAUGGUGGUGCACGGAUGGUGAGCCUUAACAGGGCCGGUAGAGUUUAGGAGUGAUAAAUUUCAGCCUGAAGGUCUUCCAUCAAGGUCUCCAGUUUUGAAGCGCUGCUUUUUCCAUAAUUUAGAAACUUGCAGUUCUAAACUUGGGUUGUUUGCUAUAUUUUGCUGUAGCCUAUUGAUUCAAGUGUCUGUGAGAAAAUCUGAGACUUGGUACUCUGGUUUGUGUCAUGAGAGUGAGGAUUAUGUAUUCGUUCCUAUAUUUGAUAUCUACUUGCGACUAUUUUGCUUUUA